CUUUAAAGGUGUUUCAUGUGGAAUCCCACCCUGGAAUCCCACCGUGAGCAGAAUUCCCCCAACCUGUGGGCACUGGGAGGAGCCAUUUGUGUUGAGAGUGGUGGUAAAACAGAUCAUGGAGGAGGCGGUGACGAGGAAGUUUGUGCACGAGGACAGCAGCCACAUCAUCUCCUUCUGUGCGGCGGUGGAGGCCUGCGUCUUGUUCGGCUUGAAGCGGCGCGCAGCGGGGUUCCUGCGCAGCAACAAGAUAGCAGCUCUCUUCAUGAAGGUGGGGAAGAGCUUUCCCCUGGCAGAGGAGCUCUGCAGGAAGGUGCAAGACCUGGAGCAGCUCAUCGAGAACGCACGAAAUCAAGUCCAGGGCAUCCCGGAGAAUGUGCGCAAGAUGCCGAAGCUGCCCAACCUGUCUCCUCAAGCCAUCAAGCACCUCUGGAUCCGCACAGCCCUCUUUGAAAAGGUCCUGGAUAAGAUCGUUCAUUACUUGGUAGAAAACAGCAGUAAGUUCUAUGAGAAAGAAGCUCUCCUGAUGGAUCCUGUGGACGGGCCAAUUCUUGCAUCUUUAUUGGUGGGGCCCUGCGCGCUGGAGUACACGAAGAUGAAGACCGCCGACCACUUCUGGACAGACCCCUCUGCUGAUGAGCUGGUUCAGAGGCACCGGAUCCACAGCUCACACUGUCGCCAGGACUCGCCCACCAAGCGCCCGGCGCUCUGCAUCCAGAAGAGGCACUCGAGUGGCAGCAUGGAUGAUCGGCCGUCGCUGUCUGCCAGGGACUAUGUGGAGUCACUGCACCAGAAUUCCCGAGCCACACUCCUCUAUGGCAAGAACAACGUCCUGGUGCAGCCACGGGAUGACAUGGAGGCAAUCCCAGGGUAUCUGUCCCUUCACCAGACUGCAGACAUCAUGGCACUGAAGUGGACACCCAACCAGCUGAUGAACGGCACAGUGGGGGAUCUGGACUACGAGAAGAGUGUGUACUGGGACUAUGCCAUGACUAUUCGCCUGGAGGAGAUUGUGUAUUUGCAUUGUCACCAGCAAGACAGCGGUGGGACGGUUGUCUUGGUGAGCCAGGAUGGGAUUCAGAGGCCUCCGUUGCGGUUUCCCAGAGGAGGGCACUUGCUGCAGUUCCUGUCCUGCCUGGAGAACGGGCUCCUGCCCCAUGGGCAGCUGGAUCCACCCCUCUGGUCACAGCGGGGAAAGGGAAAGGUGUUUCCCAAGCUGAGGAAGCGAAGCCCACAGGGCUCCUCUGAGUCUGCCUCCGACAAGGAAGAUGACGAGGCCACAGAUUAUGUUUUCAGGAUCAUCUACCCAGGGACACAGGCUGAAUUCGUGCCCCAGGACCUGAUGGACACGCCAGGCGCUGCUCUGCCUCCCAUGUGGCAACCCAGCACCCGCAAGUCCUCCUGCUCCUCCUGCUCGCAGAGCGGCUCCUCCGAUGGUGGCCCUCCCAACGGCUGCAGCCACGAGCGAGCUCCGCUGAAGCUCCUGUGUGACAACAUGAAGUACCAAAUCCUCUCCCGGGCCUUCUAUGGCUGGCUGGCCUAUUGCAGGCACCUCUCCACGGUGCGAACCCACCUCUCGGCGCUGGUUAACCACAGCAUCGUGUCUCCAGAUGUGCCCUGCAACGCCAGCUCGGGGCUCACCGUGGACAUCUGGCAGAGAUACCUGCAGGACAGCACGAGUUAUGAGGACCAGGAGCUGCUGCGGCUGAUCUACUAUGGUGGGAUCCAGCACGAGAUCAGGAAGGCUGUCUGGCCCUUCCUGCUGGGCCAUUACCAGUUCGGGAUGACGGAGGCAGAAAGGAAGGAGGCUGACGAGCAGACACGCACGUGCUACGAGCACACCAUGGCGCAGUGGCUGGGCUGCGAGGCCAUCGUCCGCCAGCGGGAGAAGGAGUCACACGCGGCAGCUCUGGCCAAGUGCUCCUCGGGGGCCAGCCUGGAUUCCCACCUCCAGAGGAUGAUGCACAGGGACUCGACCAUCAGCAACGAGUCCUCGCAGAGCUGCAGCUCCGGCCGACAGAAUCACGCUCGGCUGCAGAGCGACUCCAGCUCCAGCACCCAGGUGUUUGAGUCUGUUGAUGAAGUGGAGCAGCCCGAAGCAGAUGCUCAGCUGGAAGAUGGCAAACAAAGCAAGAUCCCCAACGGGACGGUGCCCAACGGCACGUGUUCCCCUGACUCUGGCCACCCCUCGUCCCAGAACUUCUCCAUCGCAUCGGGGUUCUCCGAGCGCAGCUUCAGCAACGAGGACAGUGCCCUGGAGACCACCAAGUCCUCGGCCAGCUCUCAGGGAAAGGCGGGUGGCUCGGAUGUGCCAGCCCCACAGGACCCCGGUGGUGCACGGCACGAGGAGAAGCUGCAGGGCCAGGACAGCCUGGAAGGGGAAUUUCCCACCGGUGGAAGCGUGGACUUUGUUGCUGUGGGUGAGAGCCCGGCCAGGGUCCUGCAUGAAGGUGAGCGUGUGGCCCUGACUGUGGUAGAGAGCUGGGCAGACAGCGAAGCUGAGAAGCAGAGCUUGGUGGAGAGUGAAGAUAACCUCUCCGAGGAGCCGGAGAUGGAGAGCCUGUACCCACAGCUGGAUUCUCUGGCUGUAGCUGAUCUGGCCAACAGUGAAACGUCUGCUGUCUCCUCAACGGGUGUCACCUACUCACCAGAGCUCCUGGACAUGUACACGGUGAACCUGCACCGCAUCGAGAAGGACGUGCAGCGCUGCGACCGCAACUACUGGUACUUCACCCCUGCCAACCUGGAGAAACUGCGCAACAUCAUGUGCAGCUACAUCUGGCAGCACAUUGAGAUCGGCUACGUGCAGGGGAUGUGUGACCUGCUGGCCCCUCUCCUGGUCAUCCUGGAUGAUGAGGCUCUGGCCUUCAGCUGUUUCACUGAGCUGAUGAAGAGGAUGAAUCAGAACUUCCCCCAUGGAGGAGCCAUGGACACCCACUUUGCCAACAUGAGAUCUCUGAUCCAGAUUCUGGACUCUGAGCUCUUCGAGCUGAUGCACCAGAACGGUGACUACACUCACUUCUACUUCUGCUACCGCUGGUUUCUCCUGGACUUCAAGAGAGAGCUGGUGUAUGAUGAUGUCUUUGCUGUCUGGGAGACCAUCUGGGCAGCUGCACACGUUUCCUCUGCUCACUAUGUGCUCUUCAUCGCCCUGGCGUUGGUGGAAAUGUACCGGGACAUAAUCCUGGAGAACAACAUGGAUUUUACAGACAUCAUCAAGUUUUUCAAUGAGAUGGCCGAGCGGCACAACACCAAGCAGAUCCUGAAGCUGGCUCGGGACCUCGUCUAUAAAGUCCAGACUCUGAUCGAGAACAAGUGA